AUGAGAACUGAAUAUUCAGAUGUAGUAAAAAGAAAUGUAACUACAAUUAGAAGAAAUACUGAUUUAAUAAGUAACCAAGAGGAUCCACUUCAAAAUAUAAUGAAUAUGCUUGAAACUAUCAAACAAGAUAUAGUAGAAAUUAAAAAACAAACAAAAAAUAUUGAUGAAAGAAUACAAUAUUUGAAGGAAUAUACUGGAUAUAAUUUGGAAGAAGAAGUAAAGCAUAUGAUUGAGAAUGAGAAAGAAAAAGAAGAUACAGUAGAGAAUGGUCAGAAAGAGUUCACAGAAGAAACAAAGAAAUUGCAAAAAACACAAAUGGAACAAAUAACAAAUACAGUCAAAAUGUUAGCAGAAUUAAUACCAGAAUUGAAAAAAUUCAAUAAUGAAACACAAGAAAGAUUAAGUAGAAUAGAAAAGUUAUUUAUUUUGUCAAAACAUAGAGAACAAACAAAGGCUACUUACAGCCAAGAGAACCAACAUUCUUAA